AUGUCGAUACCCUGCAAAGAUGGUAAGUCAGUAUUGGAUAAUGGCAAGUAUGUUCGCUACACACCUGAGCAGGUUGAUGCCCUCGAGAGGCUUUAUCAUGAGUGCCCUAAACCCAGUUCCAUGCGCCGUCAGCAGCUCAUUCGCGAAUGCCCUAUCCUCUCCAACAUUGAGUCCAGGCAAAUCAAAGUUUGGUUUCAGAAUCGAAGAUGCAGGGAGAAACAGAGGAAAGAAGCUUCAAGGUUUCAGUCUGUGAAUAGGAAGCUGACAGCCAUGAACAAGCUUUUAAUGGAGGAAAAUGCCAGGUUGCAGAAGCAAGUUUCGCAAUUGGUGUAUGAGAAUGGCCACUUCCGUAGGCAAACUCCGAGUACAGGGAUUGGUACAAAAGACACCAGCUGUGAAUCAGUGGUGACAAGUGGUCAACUCCAAUUGACACCUCAGCAUCCUCCAAGGGAUGCUAGUCCUGAAGGGCUGUUAUGCAUUGCAAAAGAGACUUUAGCAGAGUUUCUUUCAAAGGCUACUGGAACUGCUGUUGAGUGGGUUCAAAUGCCUGGAAUGAAGCCUGGUCCGGAUUCCAUUGGAAUCAUUGCUAUUUCUCAUGGUUGUACUGGCGUGGCUGCAAGAGCUUGUGGCUUAGUUGGUCUUGAGCCUACAAGGGUUGUAGAAAUUCUCAAGGAUAGGCCAUCUUGGUUUCGCGAUUGCCGGACUGUUGAUGUCCUAAAUGUGAUACCCACAGCCAAUGGUGGGACCAUUGAACUUCUAUACAUGCAGCUUUAUGCACCAACAACUUUGGCACCUGCUCGUGACUUCUGGUUGUUACGCUAUGCUUCUGUUUUGGAUGAUGGAAGUCUGGCGGUGUGUGAAAGAUCACUUGGUAAUAUACAAAAUGGUCCGAGUGUGCCGCCAGUACCAAACUUUGUUAGAGCAGAAAUGCUGCCUAGCGGGUACUUGAUUAGACCUUGUGAUGGCGGAGGUUCAAUUAUUCAUAUCGUUGAUCAUAUGAAUUUAGAGGCGUGGAGUGUGCCAGAAGUGUUGCGCCCACUCUAUGAGUCAUCGGCAAUGCUUGCUCAUAAAACAACAAUGGCGGCCCUUUGCCAUCUGAGGCAGAUAGCGCAGGAGGUUUCACAGCCCAAUCUCACGAACUCUGGAAGACGGCCUGCAGCUUUACGAGCUUUACGUCAGAGAUUGAGCCGGGGUUUUAACGAGGCUGUGAAUGGCUUUACUGAUGAGGGGUGGUCGUUGCUUGGUAACGACGGCAUUGAUGAUGUCACUGUCCUCGUCAACUCCUCUCCGUAUAAACUGAUGGGUCUAGACCUCACCUUUGGAAACGGUUUUACAUCCAUAAGCAAUUCAGUCUUGUGUGCAAAAGCAUCAAUGCUUCUGCAGAAUGUUCCUCCUGCAAUGCUUCUGAGGUUUCUCCGGGAGCAUAGGUCCGAGUGGGCUGAGAAUAAUAUUGAUGCUUAUUCGGCUGCUGCUAUUAAAGUUGGUCCUUGCAUCUUACCAGAAGCCCGUAUUUUUAACUUUGGGAAUCAAGUUAUACUUCCAUUGGCUCACGCUGUUGAGCACGAAGAGUUGCUGGAGGUUAUUAAAUUUGAAGGCAAUGGCCAUUCCCCUGAUGAUGCAAUCAUGCCAAGGGACAUGUUUCUGCUACAACUAUGUAGCGGAAUGGAUGAAAACGCUGUAGGGACGUGUGCAGAGCUCAUAUUUGCUCCUAUUGAUGCGUCUUUUGCUGAUGAUGCGCCUCUCCUUCCUUCUGGUUUUCGCAUCAUUCCUCUCGACGCUGGCAAGGAAGCCUCGAGCCCCAGUCGCACCCUCGACCUCACUUCUGCUCUCGAGACGGGGACAGCGGAAAAUAAAGCUCCAAAUAGCCUCAGCACUAAUAACAGUGCAACAAGAUCUGUUAUGACCAUUGCUUUCCAAUUUGCCUACGAGAGCCACAUGCAGGAGGCUGUUGUGUCAAUGGCGCGACAAUAUGUGCGCAGCGUUAUCUCGUCUGUUCAGAGGGUAGCGUUGGCGCUCUCUCCUUCCCACUUGGGCUCCCACGCGGGCCUGAGACUGCCACUCGGGACUCCUGAAGCACACACCCUCGCUCAGUGGAUCUGCCAAAGCUACAGGUGCUACUUGGGCGUGGAACUAUUGAAAUACAGCGGUGAAGGAAGCGAGUCCAUCUUGAAAGCACUGUGGAGUCACUCAGACGCUGUCGUUUGCUGCUCUGCAAAGGCGUCGCCAUUUCUCGCAUUUGCAAACCAGGCAGGACUGGACAUGCUCGAGACAACUUUGGCCGCACUUCAAGACAUAAGUUUGGAGAAGAUAUUCGACGACCAUGGAAGGAAAACCCUCUGCUCCGAGUUCCCCCGGAUAAUGCAACAGGGUUUUUCAUGCCUUCAAGGCGGAAUCUGCAUGUCGAGCAUGAGCAGGCCGAUUUCAUACGAGAAAGCAGUGGCAUGGAAAGUUCUGAACGAGGAAGAAAAUGUCCAUUGCAUCUGCUUUAUGUUCAUGAAUUGGUCAUUUCUUUAAGCUGUACUUGUUAUUAUUAUAUUAUCUCAACCCAAACCAAAACCAUUUGACGUAUGAAACCAUGUUGUACGUACAAAAUAGUAUCAACUUGUGCACUGGAAAUCUUAAAUUAUGACAAUACAUUAUUAAAUACCAGAA